UCCUUUUUAUCGGUACCAGGGAUCGAACUCACGACUGUCUGCUUGCAAGGCAGGCGUUAUGCCGCUGAGCUAAAUCCCCAGCCCCCGUGGAAAACUUACCAAAGAACACGGAUAGGAGGCCUGAAGCCCUUCCAGCAAUUCCAAGGCUCUGCUGGCUCAAUUCAGGUUCCUGAACCCUGCUGGGCUCCCCAAAUCUCCCACACAACAACGGGGGACGGGGAAUGGCAGACACCUGAAGGAGAAGCUAUCCCUUCCCCAGGGAUCUGAGGAGAGGCUGUCUCUUCCCCAGGACCCCAAGGUGCAGUGUGUGGCCUCCUGGAUCAGGCUCAGUAAAACCAUCACAGGGCGCUUUAGGCCCAGCAUUGACCAGAAGGAAGCACAGAUGUUUAUGUCAACAAGCCCCACGGCUCCCACAACCACCUGGAAAGCCCACAUCCAUCCCACUGGCUCCUCAGCCUAAGCGGAGCGCUUGGAUCUGCGCAGCUCUGCACAGUGACUCUUGAGGGGCCUGCAGCCACGCUGAGCAGCAAGUCCUGGGCCAGGCAGGCAGGUGGUUCUGCUCAGGGACCGAGAGCACCAAAGCCUGUCAAUUCUGAAAGCCUGUGGAAUUUGCAUCAGGAAAAUAGAGAAGAAUUAAAUUGGCUUCAGGGUGAGUCCUGGCAUCCCUAUGAAAUCUGCUUCCUAAUUUCCUCCCCUAGGUUCAGGCCAUCUUUAAGAUCUUGCUUUUGCUUUGUCAUCCUGGGACUCCGUGGAUGGUGUAGCUAGCUGGGAUGUUUUCCUAAGAGGUAAAGUCUUCGAGCGGUCCCUUUUGGAAUACAUCAGCUCUCCAGCAUUAUUUAAGCUGGGUGUGGUGGUGCACACUUGUAGCCCCAGCGCCCAGGAGGCUGAAGCAGGAGGACUGUCUUAGGUUUGAGGCCACCCUGAGCUAUGUAGUGAGUUCAACAGCAGCCUUGGCUGUAAUGCAAGCCCCUCUCUCUAAAAGGAGAGCACAUCCACAGAAGAUGGGCGUUGUCCCUCUCUUUUCCGCCACACCCUUUGGAGCGCAGUCCUCCAGAAGUGACAGCCAAGUCCCAGCAAAUCCUGUUCUCCGCUCAGUACGGCCAGAGAUGAGGUCACUGCUUGGAAUUCUCCCACCAGAAACUCGCAAGAGCACAGAGGCUCCUCAGCCUCAGCCAGCCGAACGCUGGCUGUGUGUCUGACUGGCUCUGCCUCUGGGAAGGGACGAGGGACCCGGGUCCAGGACGGCAGUCCAGGUUGCUUCCCUGACCCUUCCCUGUGACCCAACGCCUCCUCCUCCUGGCUUCUCUGAGCCACCCCACUGCAGCUUCCCCCUGAGAAGGGCGGGUGAUCAGAUCCGUGUGUGAUGGGAACACUGCCCCAGAAGUGGGCUGCAGACUCACGAAGCAUAAGGACCUGGGAAUGUUAGCCUGGGGUCGUGGGCAUGGAAACCCAUGAGUCACUACAGGCCAGGGACUUCCCUAAAUCCAGAGCCCAGGAGUCGGCAGAGGAACUGGAAACCUGAACAACAAGGAUUUACAGGACCCCAUGCCAGCUCCGAAAUUCAGCCUUUGGGGAGGAUCUGGAGUGUGGACCUGCCAGGCAGGAAGCAGGCCCUGGGGAACAGAAGGAAAUGCAGAUUCCUAGGCCGAGAGCCUGGGCACCUGUGAGCUUCCUGUAAGCCAGCCAGGAAGUGCUGAACGGAACUCUGGAUCCCAGCCAGAGGGAGGUCUGGCCCCCGAGGUGCUUUCCUGUGUGUCUACUGUAUGCUGGGUCCUGGCUGGAGCUGUGCCCUGCUCCAGGCUCAGGACCCAGGUGGUGCCCCAUGUGGGGCACAGGCAGCCGGCUCAGCCCAAGGUCUGACUUUGCACUGUAACAGAUCCAGGGACCUAUUGCCUGGAUCCCUUCUGUGUCUGCGGGGUCUUGGGCGCCUGCUCGUGGGUUAGGUAAGUCACCCUGAUAACUGUGGGACACGGUUCAGAUUCAGCUCAUCCUUCUGUCUCAGAAAGAUGAAAUAAUGCUCCCCCCAAAAAAAACCCAAAACUCAAGGCAGAGACACUGAUGUUAACAUUUAUGUUUACUUAAAAUUCAAAGUAGGGUACUGCGUCUGGCCUUCUUUGAGAUUAAAAAAAAAAAAAAAAAAAAAAAAGAAAAACAGGUGGUGCCUGCCUGUCAUCCCAGCACUCGGGAGGCUAAAGCAGGAGGAUCACCAUGAGUUUGAGGUCAGCCUGGGCUACACAGUGAGGCCCUGUUUCAAAACAAACAAACAAACAAACAAAAUUGGUAAUGGACUAGGCUACAGGGCUGAACUAGGACUAGGCUAAGCGGACCGAGAGUAACAGGGAGGUGGGAUAGGACACGUCCUGUGCCUGGCCGCCCUUCGGGAGGUGGGGGCUGCAGCCCACAGCAAGCUCGCAAGGCAGCUUCUGAUUCCUCAUGUCUACAGAUGUGGACUCAGAGUAGGAUUGGAACCCAGGACACGUGGGAGACAAACUGUCCCACUGUUCCCACACCUUGCCUGGGGUCCCGAGGUCUGGGCCGCUCUGUAGAAUGGCAGUUUCCUGGCAGAGGGGAAAAGACAGGCGGCCAGGAGGGCAACUACUAAGGAUCAUCUUUGCAUCUUCGGUUUUUCGUCUGUUUUUCUGAGACAGGAUGUUGCCUUGCACUUGAGGUGAUCCUCCUGCCCUGGCAUCCCACGUGCUGGAAGGACAGGUGUGCAGUACGGUACCCAACCGCACAUGCUAUUUUUAAAGUGUCACCACUCUGUGUUCUGCCAGCAACAAUCCUUUCCAGGCUGCCCUGCCUGUGUGUCUCUAUCAGAAGAUGCAGCUCGUACAAGCAGAUAGCUGUGCCCUCUGAGAAAGGCCAUUUCAUCCCUCUCCUUCCCUUUUCCAACAAGACACACGAGGCUGCCAGGCUGCCGUGCAUGGCAGCAAGUGGAAGCAGUGUUUAUCAUCAACAAAGGUUACUGGGGCACCCUGUGGCUCCCUGCCCCUCCUCCAUGCUCCAGAUGUGAAGCCCCUCCCCCCACAGUCCCUCUGGCUCGCUACAGAGGCACAAGAACACGUGUAGAUUUGAUUUUCCUGAUCAGGAAAACAUUCUGAGGUUGCCGAGCGAGUUCUGGGGCCAACUUUGGUUUUGUCUUUCAAGCAUGCUGACCUUUGCAGGAGCCAAAAAACAAUACUUGACAUUUCACGGAAAAGAAAGAAAUACCAUUUAGCAAUUUUUAACCAACUGCCGCAUGCAAAGGCCUUCGGGUUGCUCAACUCUUUCCAGACACAAAUGACUCUCAAGGAUGAGUAGUGUUCCUCUCACAGUCUUGAGCCAGCAAACAGGAGUGUUAUUUAGCAGAGCCUGUGUCUUGUUGGGAGCCGCGUCUGUGAUAGCUCGCCUUGCGCGGCGGACGUGCAGCCUGUGGUAAAGAGCAAAGCCUGAGGUAGAUUACCCCUCCCAUCGAAUAUGUUAGUUUCCUGCUUACCGCGUAAACAACCCGCUCAACAAUAUAGUCUGCCUGGCAACUGAUGAUGUUAGCCAAUCAGCUUGCCUUGCUUACUUUAACAUGAUUGGACACUGUACCCGUAUAUAUACCGGUGCCACCCCUGGGUGGAAGGAGAAGCCAGGUAGAAGCCCAGAAGUAAAAGCCCAAAAGGAGCCGCGGAGAGCGGACCGGUAGAGGCUUUGGGGCAGACUGAAGCACAAAAGGAGCCGCGGGGAGCGGACCAGAGGAGGCUUCAGCUGGGAGAACCCAGGGCAGGCUGUACGGAGAAGAAAAAUAAAAAGAAAAGGUUGUCCACUACCAGACUUUGUCGUGUGUCCUUCCUGCCGGCCGGGAGCGGACAUCGACAUUUGGAGGCCCGCCCGGGGACUGAUCACCCCCGAGACGUGGAAGUGGACAACGCUCCAGUACAGAGCUGCGAGACAGGUGAGUUGGGGAUAAGCCUGGGCUCUGGGUGGCGCGCACCUACAGGGCUUUUAGACUCCCCUCAGGCUCACGCGUAAGUGGCGGAUUCCUUGGGCCUCACGCGGUGAGUAACAUAUUAAAAGAUGGGAAACAUGUUAGGUAGCAACACUAAGAGCGAGGGUGGUUGUGGAGAAAGCUCUCAAGAGCUUACAAAAGUAUGCAGGGUAUCUGAGCAGGCCCAGUCAGGGAGCUCCCGAGAGGGGUCCGUCAAGGGGAACAAGGAUGCUAAGGAGGAGGACGGGGCUCUAGCCUCGGAGUCGUCUGACUCCGAGGACGAGGGAAAGUUGAAUGGCAAGGAGGCCAAAGAGACCAGCUGUCAGGAGCCCAAGUCGCUCGAUAAGGAGUCGCAGGGUUCUUUACCUAGGGGGCCGUUUCCGGAGGCGAUUCCUCGCCACGAGGCGGCCGCCUGGGAGCUCUCUCCCCUUUCGCCAGAACAGGAAGUGAUGCACGGGCCCCCAUUUUCCGCCCAAUCACGGCCGCUGUCUUAUGCUCCGCCGCCGGCGGGUCGGUAUUUUUACAGGCGGCUUUGGCAGGGGGGACGCUUGUCUCAUGAGGUACAUCCACCUGGGAUAGAUAGUGGCCCCUACGGGAUAUUUCCUGUACAAGUAGCUAUGGGCCAGGGACGCAAUGUAUGGGAGCCUUUUGAGAUAAAGCAGAUUAGAGAACUUAAAAAUGCAGUUACAACCUUUGGGCCGACUGCGCCUUACACCACUGCCAUGCUGGAGAAUCUGUCUUCUGGGCCCCUCACCCCCGCGGACUGGAUUCAGCUGGCAAAGGCGUGUCUGCCCUCGGGCAGUUACCUGGAUUGGCGAGCCUGGUACGCAGAGUUCUCUGCAGAGCAGGCUGAGAGAAACGCCAAUCGGGGAAACCGGGGGUGGAACAAAAAAAUGCUUAUGGGAGAAGGUCGGCACGCUGAUGACCAGACCCAGUUCCCCGGCGCUGUCUAUGAACAAAUCAAUGCCAUAGGGCUCCGCGCCUGGAAACAGGUAAGUGGUGCCGGAACAGCCUCCUUGUGUCUUUCAAAAAUAAUUCAGGGUACCACAGAGCCAUUUGUUGACUUUGUGGCCCGAAUGCAAGAUGCUGCCGAUAAGAUAUUUUCUGAUCCGGGAGUGGCUCAACCGCUGGUAAGACAGCUGAUUUUUGAGCAAUGUACAAAGGAGUGCAAGACAGCGAUAGCUCCUCAUAAGAACAAGGACCUCAACGCCUGGAUUAGGAUAUGCAGAGAGAUAGGGGGGCCGCUCUCCAACUCGGGAGUGGCUGCUCUCCUGGCCGCGGCUGUACAGCAGAGGGGACCUCGCGGGUUAGAAGGGGAAUGUAAGGCUAAAGGGUGUUUUGCCUGCGGGGAGCCAGGACACAUUAAACGUCAUUGCCCAAACAAUGCAGAUGCUAGGCCUCGCCCUAGGAAUGAAGAACCAUAUGUUUGUGGGCGAUGCAAAAAGGGAUCACACAAAGCUGAGGAGUGUAGGUCGGUCUUUGAUGCUCAGGGCAACCGUAUUUGUGGACAAGAUGCUAGAGAGCCAAAAAACGGCCAGAGGGGGCCCCCUUCACAGGCGGGCCCCCGCCCCAGAGACAGGACAGCUCAGGGUGGCGGCCUUCAACAAGGGCCACCCCUGGGUCAGCAGGUGUGGACCUCAGUGUCGCCUCCAGACUUAUACAGAAGGUCACCAUUAGGAUGGAUGGCGUUAGGACCCUAAAUGACAUGCAAAAGCUAUUGGGAGACAUUAAUUGGAUUAGGCCAUAUUUACAUAUACCAAAUUCAGAUCUCAAACCCCUGUUCGACCUUCUAAAGGGAGACCCAGAUAUAGCCUCCCACAGGAGGCUCACUCCUGAGGCAAGAGCUGCCUUACAGAGAGUGGAAAAAGCCUUAGGUGGGGCUACCUUACACAGAAUUAAACCAGGGCGACCCUUUGAUGUCUGUUUGCUACAGACUAGUCUACAGCCUACAGCGGUGAUUUGGCAGAAAGGACCACUACUGUGGAUACACCCUAAGGUCUCACCUGCAAAAGUCAUAGAACAUUACCCAGAGGCAGUCGCUUCAUUGGCCCUUGAAGCGCAUGAUAGAGCUGUCCAACAUUUUGGCUCAGGACCACAAGCCAUCCGAGUACCCUAUACCGCCAGCCAGAUCAAGACCCUGGCUGCCUGCAUAGAUACAUGGGCCAUUCUGAGAUGUGUUUUCCAUGGGGAUAUAAACAAUCAAUACCCUAAAGACCCUAUCUUGUCAUUUGUCACUCAGCACCCUAUAAUUUUUCCAAAGGUUACUGCCUCUGAGCCAUUAGUCCUAGCAACUACAAUAUACACAGAUGGCUCCAAGACGGGGAUAGGCGCCUAUGUGAUCCUAGGCAAGCCCCCGGUUACCAUACAAUUUAAACCAGAUCAGCCUCAGGUGGUAAAACUGCAGAUCGUUAAAAUGAUUCUUAAACGGUUCUCAAAAGCCAUUAACAUUGUCUCCGAUUCUAGGUAUGUGGUCAAUGCUAUGCAAGUGCUUGAGACUGCCAGUUUAAUUAGAUCCACUUCCACAGUGGCUGGACUGUUCCUGUCUAUCCAGACAUUGCUUCAGAACAGACACCAUAAGGUCUUCACCACCCACAUAAGAGCACAUACAUCCCUGCCGGGGCCCAUGGCACAGGGGAAUGCGGCUGCUGACACUGCCACUCGCCCGUUAUGGAUUUUUACCUUACUAACACCAAUCGAGCGAGCCCGUGCCUUCCAUGAUAAAUCUCAUGUUAAUGCCAGGACACUAGCAAACCAUUUCCAUGUUUCCAGAGCAGAUGCACGAGAUAUCGUGCGACUAUGUGACUCCUGUGCCACAUACAAACCUGCCAUACCGAUGGGAGUAAACCCUCGAGGUUUGAUCCCUGGUGAUGUUUGGCAGAUGGACAUCACACAUAUACAAGAGUUUGGGACUCUUAAAUAUGUUCAUGUUUCCACAGACACCUGUUCUCACGUCAUAUUCGCAACAGCAGAAACAGGUGAAAAAGUGUCUAAUGUGAUCAAUCAUUGCCUGGCAGCUUGGGCCGCAUGGGGCAAACCAAAAAUAUUAAAAACUGAUAAUGGACCAGCCUAUAUAGGCAAAGCCUUCAAUGAGUUCUGCAAAAUGAUGGAGGUUCAAUUAAAACAUGGUAUCCCAUACAAUCCCCAAGGUCAAGGAAUCAUUGAGAGGGCUCAUAGAAGCCUCAAAAAAAUUUUACAAAAACAAAAAGGGGGAGUAAGCCAAGGCCUGCCUCCAAAGGCGCGGUUAUCUAUGGCAUGACAAUGGAUGGGCCCGGAUCCGGUAAUCAGCUGGAACCGAGGCGCGGUUUGUGUUUUCCCACAGGAACCGGGACGAGAACCACUGUGGAUACCGGAGAGACUGACACGGGCAACAAAGCCCUCGACUGAAGAUCAGACCUGCCCUACUGGAGAUCCAUCACAGACCAACCAAUAAGAUGAAUAAAAAUAGCGGUAGCCCGAAAUAGACAAAAAGAUCCUCAGGCAUAUGCAUGGCUUGCUCAAUUGGCCCACGACCGAGUCUAGAUAUGGCGGGCAUCCCUCAUUCUCCUCCAUAAGGUGACAAUACACAGCAGGGUAGGUGAGUCAAUGACGGGUAAGAGCGUGCCUCCCCAGCACGACUCGACCUAAGCCAGGCCCUACCCCAUCCUGCACGUAAGCCGCUGGACUGUUAGAUGCUGCCCAGGUCUAAAUUUCUCUCCGAGGGGAUUUCUUUACGGAGAGGAAAUGAGUGCAAGCUUGUGUGCAUCCAGGUUCCGUCCAGUUUGUGCCUGGCCCUAGAAAAAGGACGAGGGCCUCAGGGCCUUGGCAGACCAUGGCAUGGCCAACCAGGGUCUAAGCCAAGGACCUACGGUGGACCUACACAUAGGGCAUAAGCCUCUGCACCCAGUCCAGAAAGGGCUACGAUGCGCACAUUCAUAAAAAAUAAAAUAGGGGGAGAUGUUGGGAGCCGCGUCUGUGAUAGCUCGCCUUGCGCGGCGGACGUGCGGCCUGUGGUAAAGAGCAAAGCCUGAGGUAGAUUACCCCUCCCAUCGAAUAUGUUAGUUUCCUGCUUACCGCGUAAACAACCCGCUCAACAAUAUAGUCUGCCUGGCAACUGAUGAUGUUAGCCAAUCAGCUUGCCUUGCUUACUUUAACAUGAUUGGACACUGUACCCGUAUAUAUACCGGUGCCACCCCUGGGCGGAAGGAGAAGCCAGGUAGAAGCCCAGAAGUAAAAGCCCAAAAGGAGCCGCGGAGAGCGGACCGGUAGAGGCUUUGGGGCAGACUGAAGCACAAAAGGAGCCGCGGGGAGCGGACCAGAGGAGGCUUCAGCUGGGAGAACCCAGGGCAGGCUGUACGGAGAAGAAAAAUAAAAAGAAAAGGUUGUCCACUACCAGACUUUGUCGUGUGUCCUUCCUGCCGGCCGGGAGCGGACAUCGACAGUGUCUCCCAGGGCUGAGGUCACCCUUCCUCCCUGCAGGGAAACAAGGCCACCAAGGACAGAAAGGGGAGGAUAAAGACACAAGGUGAGACAGAGAAAGGGGAGCAAGGAAGGAAGCCAACCACACACACCAGAUGCCCACAUCCUGGGGUCCUGGCCAGCCCUGGUCCUGGCCUUUGGCUUUGGUGACCAUGUCCAGUGACUGGAGGAGACAGCACUGUCCCUGCACACUUCUCUGGUUCUCAUGUCCAUUUUAACUUCCUGGCUGCAGCUGGGGACCAGGGUCCACGUUCAGGCGGCCUGGCUUCUGCCUCCUCCGUCACUUCCUGUAGCAACACUGUUCCUCUGAGUGGACAGCUGAGCGGGAAUGGCCAUGGUUCCCAGAGCACUCCUGCCCCAACCCCCACCGUAGAGGACAGGCAGGGAUGGAGUCUGCUGAGGCUGUGGUCCCUGCCAGGAACAGGCCUGAGUGUCCACCUGUCCUCCCUCCUGUCCCAGAGCAGCUGGGGACCUGAGGUUGCUGCAGGGAGGAGUCACCCCAGGCCACCAGAAACUGGAUCCUUCCAGUCCUGUUGGGGAAAGGGCGCAGAACCCUAGAAACAACGCUGCUAAAAACAAUUCAGUGUGGGAAAUCUGAAAGACAAGCAAAGAGGAAAAGCUCUUUUUUUAUGUUUAUUUAUUUACUUUAUUUUGAGACAGGGUGUUGCUAUGUAGUUCAGGAACAGGCUGUGAUUCUCCUGUUGCAGCCUCCUUCCUGAGUGCUGGGAUCACAGGUGUGCACCAGCUCACCCAGUGGAAAAGUUCGCUUCCCUGCCGAACAGGAGGGCACACUCGCUGGCCUGGGCAGCUGCUGCAAAGCAAAGCUUAGACAGAGGUUUCUAGCAAAUGGCUGUCGGCCCUACGAGACUGUACUUGCAACGUGAGCAGGUCAGGAGGUUGUACAUAAAAAUUUGCUUUCUGAAUUCUAAUGUAACUGCUUUUUAAGUGUUGUUUAAGACAGGAUCACAAUAUGUACUCCUAGCCCAAGCCAGCUUUCAACCUAGACUGUAGCCUGAUCUGACCUUGAAUUUGCACUGAUUUUCCUGCUUCAGCUUCCUGAGUGCUGGGAUGACAAACCUGUGUCAUCAUGCUUGUCAUCAUGUAACUUCUAAUAUAAGUUCCUUUCAUCUGGUUGGCGGGAUGCAUUCCCGCCCAGAGCUGACAGCUGCUGUCCCUACAGACUGAAAACACCUGCGGGUAUCCCCGGGUGCCCCUCCUGCCUGGGGUUGCCCGGGAUAGGCUGAGCGCCUACAACCGGACCCAAGUUACUCCGCCCAAGAGCCUGGAAAGCAGGCGGAGCUGAGGGACCGACCUGGAACCCGGGGCCUUGGACCCCUGCUGGUAGGCGCAGCUCCAGCAGCAGGGCGCGGCCCAGGGAGUCUAAGACCAGGCUGGUGGCAGAUCUUCGGGGCGGAGUCCUUACAAGGAGUCUGAGUUCCGGAGCCGGAGCCGCCGCAAGCCGGAGACAGCAGGCGCGGUCUGGCCCGGCUUCCCCUCCCUCCCCGCGCCGCACAGCUGCAGCGGUGCCGCCUCCGCCCCUGGGCUCAGCACGCCCGCAGGCUCGCUCCCCGCUCCCCGCACCUGCCCGCGCAUCGUGGGGCGCACUGAGCAUUCCUUGUUGCUUUUCGCCCUAAGGAGGAAAACUCCGCACCUCCUCCUUCGGAAACGAUCCCGGGCCGCCGCGCGGUUGGUGGGGUAUCCUGGACGGCAGGCGCGGGGGAGGCUGUGCAGGCAGCGCCCAGGCCUCGGGUCACAGAGAAGGGCACACAGGGUCCCCACAGCACCGCCGCCAGACGACGAAACCAGAAAACAGCCGUGAACGGGAGCGAGACGGCCCUUUCCGGGAGGAGAGAAGCUGGGGCGCUCGCGGUUUUCCACCGUACGCCCUCCCAGGACCCGGUGCUGCAGGCUCCGGCUCCGUCUGAGGUCUUCAGGCCGCGGGAUGCGGGGAGAUAGACGAUCACGGCCGUCUCAGAGACCGGUUACGCGGCUGCCGUGCACCGCAGGGGCUCAGCUGCACGGUCUGCGCCUCCUGCCUGCGCUGAGCACCCCGGAUCUCCAAGCCAGGGUCGGGCAGGUGCAGGUGCCUUCACAGCACAUCAGGGCUCUAGGCUGGGGCUGCCGCCGCUAACUCCGAGUCUGCUUCACAGAGGGAACACAAGAGGCUGGAACGCAAUGCUGCGCUGCUCAGAGUAUUUGCAAGGCGUUUCUUCUUCCUGACCUGAGUUUGCAAUAGACCUCCCUAUGUGGUCCAGGCCACUUCCUGCCUCAGCCUCCUGUAUGCUGGGAUCACAGAUAAGCGCCACCACGCCUGGCUCUCUUCUGCAGAACUCUGUGUGUGUGUGUGUGUGGUCCACUCCAGUCUCAUGGCUCUGCAGCCCUGAGCACGUCUUUCCUGAAGUUGCCACUGACUUUUCUACAUAUCCCAGCAAAUGUAUAAUGCUCAACAGCCACCGCAGCUCGAGGGAUGAGGCAGCCUGUGUGCCAUCACAGCAGCCACGUGGUUCCUCGACUCUGUAACUUGCAGUGGAUUACAGGGACACUGCUCCCCAUAAACCGGGCCACAUGGUGUUAUCUGCUUACCCUUUGUCCUUGGUGAGCCCACAUCAGCACCAUCAGCACUUCCAUCCCACAGGGAGGGGCUCGUCUGGGGCAAAGUCAGCACCCACCCCGGAGGCAGUCACCCAUGCUAGAGAGUGAGUCUCCAGGUCCCCGAUGGCUGUCCAUGGGACACUCAUUCCUGGUCUCAGAUGGGGCCUUUGGGCCACAGGUUUUCAUCAUCCAGGAGGCCGAGAGGUGCACCGCCCUGGAGACACACGCCCCUGCAGGACAGGAAGAAGAAAACUUUCAAACUACAAUAAAAGAGAUUCUCUGAAUAAAAGAAAAGCAAGAGGCUAUUAUAGAAAGUUGCCUUUCUCAAAAAUAUCUCAUAAGGAUACAAGAAGGAAACCCUCCACUGGGAUGAUGAAUCUGAUUUAUUUAUUUUUGGAGACAAGAGUUCUUGCUGUGUAGUCCAGGCUGGUAUGAAAGUUCUGGCAAUCCUCCUGCCUCGGCCUCCAGAGUUGUGGGAUCACAGGUGUGCGCCAUCAUGCCCUGCUGACUGUAUUUGUUUGAGGCAUGAACAUUUCUAACAGACUUUGGGAGAUGCCAAUGUAUUAGUAAUCAUUGGAAAGUUGUUAUGAACAAACCUAUUACACAAGCAUACAAAGUGAUAUCUUGGUUUACAAUGGUUCCGUUUUCACUUGCACUAUAGGAAUCGGUAAACUCAGAUAGCAGUUUGUUAUAAAUCAGCCUUGGGGUUAAGUAACUGUGCCCAGCUGCAUGCUUAGGAGCUCCUAUUCCAGGCGUGAGUAGGCUCUGCUUCGAGGUGCAGAAGGGUGGCCUAUGAAACGACCUUCAAAUUACAGCGUUUCCAGUGUCGCUGGGUUUACCUGAAUCAUUACUCUAUCAUACAUCCAGAAGCAGCUGAAUUCCUGGAAUAAAAUACCCAAGCAGCAGAUUUCGUCCAGAGCCAAGAACAUCUGUGUCAGUUUUCCUGAUCCAGGGACAGGGAGGAGCAUUUAAGGAUUUCCCCACAAACCAUGGAGGACAAACUUCCUCAUUCCUACGGUGUCUACCAAUCUUCUUUGAACCAUGUUUCAGGACUGAGAAAACAAUUUCCUCUAAAACUUGCUUGCAGCAGAUGAUCAGGUCAUGAACACAGUUGUAGCUAUCAAGUUAUCCGACAGCCAGAAAUGGUGGCAUACACCUGUCAUCCCAGCACUCAGGAGGCUGAGGCAGGGGGAAUUCCUGGGAAUGAGUGCAAGGCCAGCUUGGGCUCCACAGUGAGUUCAAGCCCCCUUGAGUUACAAGUUGAGGCCCUGUCUCAAAGAACAAAAUAGGUACACAGUUCCAGUGAUGUCUUCCUGCCCUAUGCACCCAGGAUUCUCCACCUCUCUUGAAUGCUAGAGAUGAAGAUGGUACCUUCAACGCAACUGUAGACUUCACUCCAGAAAGAAUGGCUACCAUCAAGAAAUCAGCCAAUUACAAUGUAGGUGAGGGAGCCAGAGAAAAAGGAGCCUGCUAUGUGGUUGGCAGGAAUGCAGACUGGUGCAGCCACUAUGGAAAUCCUUCAAAGACUAACACUAGGCAUUCCAUUUGACCCAGCGGUUCCCCUUCAUCUUGACACAGUUAAAGACUUCAUAUGACGGUGAUCCACGCAUAGCCGUGUUUGUAGCAGCACAAUGGCUAAAUCUUGGCAGUGGUAACACCUCUAUCAGUGGAGGCAGAAAGCGUGGUGUUUACACACCAUGGAGAACUGCUCUGUCCUGAAGAAAGAUAAGCCUGAAUCAUUUUUAGAAACAAGGAUGCAUCUUGAAACCAAUGAAGGUGGGCUUUGCACAUGGACCAAGAACCCAGCCCGGGGGGACACUUCGGUCACUGGGGAGCCGCUGCUUAGAGUCUGGCGUUACUGAGCUCAGGACGGCGUGGUCGGCCAGGCCUGCAGGUGCUGCGCUGAGCAGUCAGAGGCUGUGCAGGUUUGGAGGCGCACAGGGACUUUGGGGCCUGAGCUCUCCCGCAGCUGACUGUCUAACAGCCGGGUGACCGCCAGACCAACGCAGGGACAGGGUCUGGGGAGCCUCGCGCUCCCGGGCCCCAGCGGCAAACCGUGUAGUGAGAGAUGGGCUUUAGUCAGAGGUGAAAUUUCAACACGAGGGUGGUGGAAGGCAAGGAAAUCAGAAAACAGGAAGAACAGAAAGGACAGCAGCAGAGAGAGACAGACAGACACACACACGUGCUUUUCCUAUGUGUGAAAAUGUCUCAUGCAUCCGAGGCACUCCAGCAGCCAACAAGGAGUAAUGAUAAUAAAACCAAAACCAACAGGAGGAACUGUCCCAUGUUGGGGUCACCUAGGUCCUAGACGCUUAGCAGUUUAACAAAUGGGGCUGGGAUAAAAACCUCAAGGGAUACCGAGGUCUGAACAUGCACUGAAUACUUUUAGCUACACGUUCCAUAGUGUUACUCUCUUUGCCAAAACUGGGGGAGACUUGUGAACCGUCAAGGAUAGCUCGGCGCAGAUGCCUGUGGUCACUGCAGGCUGGGGGCCACUCCGGGAGCCCCUGCAGAUGGGCCUGCCCCCCCAUUGCUGGCCAUGCACCCCACACAUAUUGGGGAGCACGCCACGGAUCUCAGGCAGGGCUGUAAACACUGUCGGCCUGAAGUUGCCCAGUUCCGGUGAGACCACAGCAGUACAGCUGUGAAGAGCAGUGUGGGGUGCAGACACCGAGGUGGUGCUGGGAUGGCCUGUGGGGGCCCUGGCUGGCCUCACCUCAGCCUCUCGGUUGCCGGAAGUCUGGUGACUCUUCUGAAUAGAGAGGCUGCAAGCCCAGGACGGGAAGGGCCAGGUAGCGGCUGUGUAUUUUCAUAAUUGAUAGGUUCAGCCUACCAGUGCCCAGCGGCUAAGGAUCAGCCUGUGAAUCAUUCCUCACCUGCACUCAAUAUUCAGACUCCAAAUACACCUUGAAAUCUCAGGAUUUGUGUAAGUGUUAGCAUGAAUCCACUUCAAACUGACAGAUGCAAGCCAGUUGGGAGUGGGCCUGCCUACCGGACCAGCACCAAGAGGCUGAGGCAGGAGGAUUUGAAGUUCCCAGGCAGUCUGCACUACACAGCAAGUUCAACAUUGGCUUGGACUACACAGUGAGAUCCUAUUUUGAGGAAAAAGACAAACUCAACUCUUUUAAAACAGAGGUUUAUCAGAUUCGUGGAACAUGGAGUUCAAAAACAGUCGCUUAGGAAUUUUGGUGAAUGAUGUAAAAAAGCAAUAGACAGUGAUGGUCAUAAAAACUGAUGUUAGCAAGGAGGCUUCUUGGGUUUGAUGAUGGCUGUCACUUUCUUUGUCAAAACUCAAGUCAGUGAGGAAGACAGGAAGGGUAUGCAGUGGGCGUCUGAGACUCUGGCCUGGGCUCCCUGUUGACAUAAGUACCUUCUUCCUGGUGGAGCCCCUUCUGUGUGUUUUUAUGAGACAGCUGGAGGCGACCCACCACUGGACUCUCUUCAUGACCCAGACCUGGCCACAGCACCAGUUACUAUGUGCCUGGGUCCUGGGGGGGACGUGGCCACAGCGGGGUGGUUUGGUUCUUGACAGGAGUUUUGUGUGGGGAAGGAGGUUUUCCCUCAGGGUUUGGAGCUGAGUCUACUGCAACCGCCAUGUUUAGUCCCCUCAGAAACCCAGUCAGCGAAAGCCAAGAUGGCGCUCUGGGCUCUCUGACUUGGGCCUGGUGACCCAGUGAGUGUGACACUGCCUCUUCCUCUUUUGAAGUUUCAGAGUGCCUGUGUUUACAUGAAAUAAAAUAUAGUGAACUGGGAAGUAGCAAGAGGACAGUUAUCACCACUGGGCUGAUUACGGUGUCCAGGGGCUGCAGAAUCACGAAAAGAAUUAGGAAAAACAUCAACUGUAAAACAUUUUUCUGCCUUCAUUCUCUAUAUUCUGCUCACUUCUGCUAGUUUAAUUUUAAAAAAUACGGAUAAACUAAUAAGAAUCUGAGUGAAAAGUUCAGUUUUAGGGGGAAAGCUUUUCUUGAGAUUUCAAGAAAAAUCAUUAAGCAAUAAAAAACAAUGGUAGUAAAAGCCGGGUGUGGUGGCACACAUCUGUAAUCCCAGAAGUUGAGAGGCUGAGGCAGGAGGAUCGUUAUGAGUUCAAGACUCGCCUGAGCUACAAAAGUGAGCCAGAAGCCAGCUGGAACUGAUUAGAGAGACCCUGUCUCAAAAAGACAAAAACAAUGGUAGAUGUCUUAGUUACUUUUAUCUUGUUGCUGAGAGAAAUAUCUGACACCCAAAGUUAAAGGGAGAAAGAUUUAUUUAGCUCACAGUUUUUGUGGAGGUUUCAGCCCGUAACUGGCUGCCUCCCAGGCAGGGUGGUGUGGCAGAGGGGUUUGCAGAGACUGUCCAUGGCAGCAGAAGACAGCAAAAACAAAAGAGGCCUUAACAGCAUCUGUCUGCUCCCUUUAUCUUAUGCAGGCUGCUCAGGGCGGGCAGCACUCACACCCUUAGUCCUAGUGCCCUUGAGCCUGGUGUUGCACCGUGAAUCCCAGUGCUAUGCACUCUAGAGCCAGCCACCUCUGAGAAAGCCCCAUCUGCUUUCCACAUGAGGCUUUGAAGGGACGUUUAACCACAAGCUAAAACAGCAGAUAUUUAAAACAGUAAUUUUCUCUAAGCUAUCUUUUAUAGUUAUAUUAAUGAUACUUUAUAAGUUCGUGUGCAUUUUCUUAAAUGCUCAAAUGCAUGCUAAGUAUGGUGCUCAACUUCCAUCUUUCAGGAAGCGAUCAGUUCCUGAAAGCAUUUCAAGUGAUUAAGGCUGCCGUGCUUAAAGUGCCUCAAAGAGUCUGCACAGAGCGACGAAAAGCCUCGUGGACGCCCAGCUAGUGGCCCUUACCGCCUGUGAUAGCUCGUAAAUGCACACAGCUCAAUAGGACAGGGCAGGCGCGAGGCGUGGAAGGAAGGUGAUUCUGAGGUCGCCUGUGUGGCAAAGGACUGGAAGAGCUCACAGUGCCACCAAAACCAAAGCGCUGGACACAAGCGCACAGCAACGCCCCCGCGUGCGGGCGGAGCACACUGCGUGCUUCCAUCACCCCACAGCGGCACCGUGGCAAUGCAGACGCGGCUGAUGGAUCUGGGGACCUGGGAGACCCCGGAGUACCGGGGUUUCCAGACCUCUCCCUGCAGGCCUGAGACUAGAGGCUGAGCAUUGAACCCUGGAAGGUGCUGGGCCUGGGUGGGGACACCGCAGCUUCAGCAGUGCCUGUGGACUACGGCAGGCUCAGCCAACCCGAGCUUGAGACACUUUCAGUUUUUACCUUCCAGAAAAAUUCGUCCAAGUGUGUGUACAUAAACAGUUCAUUCCUCAGUACAGGAAGCUGGUGCCCGACGUCAACGUUUUAAUUCUUUUUGUCCUCUUCCCCUCCCUCCCCUCUUCCUCCAGUCUUUGGCUCCCUUCCCUUUCAUAAAAGAUCUAUCUCCCUGUUUCUUAUUAUCCAUCUUUCAUUUUGCUCUUUGUUUACAUUUGGGGUUUGUAUGAAUAAACUUUGUGUCUGGUUUAUUUCAC